GCUGUUAAGUAGUGAAGCAACACUCAUCCAUCACGUCCACCUCCGAUAUAAAAACCCAAGCAACGGCCAGCAAAUUUCAUUCUUCAUCACAAUUCAUUCAAGUCUUCCGCCCUUCACGCAAAUUAGCUUUCUCAGCUCGAUCUUCAACUCUCUGAUCUUUUGUUUUUGAUUGCGGCCGUCCUGACUCCUGAAUUAGCUCUACAAUUUUUCAUCUUAUUUUUGACUUAAAUGGAGACCCCAACAAAAAUGCUGUGGUGCUUAAUCCUUUGUGCUGUCUUGAUGGUUGGCCCAUCAAAGGCCGAUAAGAACGUUACCAUAACUUUGAUCAAGAGUGCUGUGGCCGAUGGAGCCGUGUGUUUGGACGGAAGCCCACCCGCUUACCAUUGGGAUGCAGGCAGCGGUUCUGGUGCCCGCAAUUGGCUGGUUCACCUGGGAGGAGGAGGAUGGUGUAUAAACAGCACCGUAUACGAGAAUCACACGGAGGCGUACGCCGACAGCUGCACUAACCGCGCCACAUUGGCCAUCCGAUCUUCCUUCCACAUGGGUGAUUUCCCGUUUACGGGGAUAUUUAGUGAUGAAGAAAACCAAACUUACUUCUAUAAUUGGAACCGGGUCAUCGUAAGAUAUUGCGACGGGGGGUCAUUCUCCGGUGUUGUCGACCAACCCGACCCGGAAACUAAGCUCUUCUACCGAGGGGCAAGAAUAUAUAAAGCUGUCAUUACUGAGUUAAUGGCGAAAGGCAUGCAAGAUGCCCGGGAAGUGAUCCUUGCUGGAGGUUCUGCGGGGGAAUAGGUGCGAUGAUUCAUUGCGAUCAUUUUCGCAGCCAAUUCCAUCCCACUGUGAACGUCAAGUGCUACAUUGAUAGUUCUUUUUUUCUAAAACUGAGGGAUCCCAAGCAUGCCCAGUUCAUGAAGACUGUUUUUGGCAUAGUUGUUGAAUUGCAGCAAAGCGCCAAGGCACUACCGGCCGAGUGCAUAUCCAAUCGAAGUGCAUUAUCGUGCUUCUUUCCAAAACACUUGGUGAAGUACAUAAAAUCCCCAAUUUACUUUUUGAAUUCGGCCUUUGAUGCAUAUCAGAUACGGACUGCCUUCUCUGAAAGCUAGCUUACACGAUCGGAUAAAGAAUCAUACGGAGACUCCAAGUGAAAUGAAAUUGCUGAAAGAUUUUAGGCAACAACUGAUAAAUGCAUUGCCUACCCCAGCGGCCACUAAUGGGUUUGUGGUCACUUCACAGUUUGGCCAUUCCUUCGGUCAGAAAGGGUUGAAGAAACCCAUGUUUCCCGAAGACCCAAAGUCAAAGACACUAGAGGAGGCCCUGGUCGAGUGGUUUUUUGAUGAGGGAAGGUUCCACAUUGUUGAUCCAAAUGAUGAGCCAUUCUGGAAUGAUACAGCUCAUUGAGUGGUUUUUUGUUAUCGUUUUCUUCAAUUGUCAUCGAUCUCUAAAUUAAGACUGCUUGAAUGUGACAUCAAUUACCUCUUAAUUAGUAGCUGCGUACUUUAAUUAA